AUGACACUUUAUCAGGAACCGGAAAGCAAGCGACCAAAUGCGAGUGCAGCACGUCAGGAAAGUGCAACGGACUUGAACGGGGCAGUGCGCGCUUCCCCUGUUGGUGACGGCGGCUGCACGCACGAGGCGCCUACCGAGGCGGAGCCCGCCGGCCCCAAGCACAACGGCGCUGCACCAACGCGCUAUUACGGGGCUGUACCAGCGACUUGGUACCGUGAGCAGGUCCAACAGCGUGUUGAACACCCGGAGGCGAUGCCUAUUUCAACACUAACGGAUCCACAGCGGCCCCAGCUCCUGCGCGCGGGUCUCGUUGAAUACGAGGACUUUAUACUGAUUCCGGACUCCGAGUACCGGCAACUCGCCGAGGAAUACGGCACAGACGCACCGCUUCCAGACCCGCUGCCUCUGAUGAGCAACGGUCUUGUUGAAGUUCGCCCACUGCGUGUCCUAGUCGACGGCGAAGAGCGGUUUAUCUCCCAGGAGGCAGAUAUCCAGAGUCUCCACGCUGGUCCGCUCUUCUUAGCGGACUCCGCCGAGCCGCUACCUGCUACUGGCACCGUACGCGAUGCGAUGAUCACGGAUAAUACGGAAUUGUAUUCGAGUGAAGAGAGUCUUCGACGGGCGAGGGUACGAAAACUCUCCACAGAGACAAACGCGAUCGCUGCAACUCGGGCGACAGGCCUUGUUGGCCUCAGUAACCUGGGAAACACAUGCUUCAUGAAUUCGGCUAUUCAGUGCUUGGCAUCUACAGUGCCGUUGGCUGAGUUCUUUCUCUCCGGCGAAUAUCGAAAGGAUCUCAACCGCAGCAACCCACUGGGAACGGGCGGUGUGCUGGCGGAGGAGUUCGCGGCGCUCGUACGCCAGUUAUGGUCGACGAGCCAGGGAACGGUGGCGCCGCGGCGCUUCAAGUACCAGGUCUCUCGAUAUGCACCCCAGUUCUCGGGAUACGGCCAGCACGAUGCGCAAGAAUGGAUAACUUUCCUGCUAGACGGUCUGCACGAAGACCUUAAUCGAGUACGGCGAAAACCGUACAUACCGCUGGAUCCCGACCAAGACGUUCCACCGGAUGAAGCAUGGCGAUAUCACAAGGCGCGAAAUGACUCGGUUAUCGUCGAUUUGUUCCACGGCCAGUACCGCUCUCGAGUGCAGUGUCCCGAAUGCGACAAAAUCAGCGUAACACACGAUCCCUUCAUGUAUCUGUCAUUGCCACUGCCAGGACGACGCGAACGCCUGGUCACCAUUCGACUGUGGACUCUAGACGACAUGCAGAAUCGAAAGCCACCACAGUGUUUGGAUUUGCGCAUCCCACGGCGGGCGAAUAUUCGCAUGCUCAAAGAGCGACUCCAGCAAGUAGCCGGCAUCGAUGCUGAUGAUAUAGCUGUGGUGGAUUGCGGGGCUGCGAGUCUGGCCCUCGAUACGAGUUGCCUCGUAGCCGCCCGCAGACGCAUCGAGAAAGCGAGCGAUGUCGAGGAGUUGGCAGCGAUCCAAGUUGAGGACCCUGACGCCUUGGCCCAGCUUGAGGGCCGCGGAACGCGAUCACAGAGCGGAAGCAAAGGCCUUCUCAGCGCCAUUCCGGAAGCGGUGCGAGCAACCGCGUGUGGUAAUGGUGCGAUCCCAGGCGCUGACGCCAAACUCGUUGAAGUACACCAGUACAGCCCGAAUCGGGAUCCCGUUGGCAUUCCCCUGCUGUUCACGCUACCCCAGGAUGCGCUCGAUGAACGUUCAGUCUGCAAGUCGAUCAACGAGCGUUUACGAGGCGCACUCCCGCAACUCGACGCUGACGCCUAUACGCUUCGUCCGCGAACGCACACACCGCAUAGCGCGCUCUUGUUCGAGCUGGAGUGGCAUCGCGCAGAAGACGCUGCCCAGGUCGAUCGCUUUCUGGCACUGAACCCUGCCAGUGAAUCGAACGGAGGCAAUCGGCGGAACUCGAACGGCGCCAUCGAUCUCCACCAGUGUCUCCAUCUGUGGAGUGAAACCGAGCAACUCGAUGACGACAAUCUGUGGUAUUGUCCGCGGUGCAAGAAGCACCAACGCGCCUGGAAGCAGCUGUCGCUCUAUCGAGCACCAUCGAUUCUUAUCAUUCAUUUGAAGCGUUUCCAGUACACGUCAUGGUUCCGGGACAAACUCGAUGUGCUCGUAGAGUUUCCGCUCCGCAAUUUGGAGCUGGAUUUUGCGGGCAACCGCGUCGUCUACGACCUGUAUGCGGUGAGCCAUCACAUGGGCGGCCUUGGUAGCGGCCACUACACGGCGUCUUGCUAUCGGGCUUCGUGUUCACGUUGGUUCUACUUCGAUGAUGCCUACGUCUCUGCGCUUCCCGAAGAUCCAGAGGAGGUCGCGAAACGCAUUGUAUCGCCCUCUGCAUAUAUUCUCUUCUACCAACGCCGACUCGACCGAGAACAACCCAACGGUCAUCGAGACACGGCACCAGCAUCGUCGCUCUAG